AAGAAAAUACACUUUAACAAAAGCAGAUAAUAAUAAUUAUAUAAGAAAACUUAGUUAAGAUGACAUUUUACAAAAAUAAUUACUGAAUUCAUCAACAGAGUAAAAUACCUCUUGUAGCAGGAAAGAUUUAACACAGUUUUUAAAAGCCUUGAACUCGAGGUUUUUAUAGGUGUCAGGUAACAUGUUAAAUAAUUUAAUACAGUAAUAACUUGUGCUGUUUCUAGUACGUGAUAAUCGCAGAAAAUUUGGUCUGAGUAAAUGCCGGAAUCUGGUGGAGUAUGUAUGAUCAAACGAAUCAUAUUUGUUUAAGUUUUGAUGAGUAUAUAGAAGACAUUGCAAAAUAUAAGUGCAGGGAACCGUUAAAAUUUUGAAGUUUCUGAAAUAUUGACGACAGUCACUCUGAUAGUGACAGCCAGCAAUAAUUCUGAUACAUUUUCUUUGUAUUUUGAAUAAUUUAGCUGUAUGUGGCGAAUGACCCCAAGCAAGGAUGGCAUAUGAAAGAACACUGUGAAAUAUGGCAUGAUAAACUGAUAAUAAAGUUUUAGUCGAUAAGGUAGAUACCAACUGCCUAAACAAGAACAAUUUUUUAGAAAGUUUAGUAACUAAGUAGUCGCAAUGAGUUUCCCAAGUCAAUCCACAAUCCAGAAAAACACCUAACAGCUUAAUAUAAGAAGGGGUAAUAAAUGAUUUGUUUAAGGAAAAAAUAAUUUCUUGAGUUUUGGCACAAUUAACGGUAAGUUUGUUACCAAUAAACCAGUCUUUAAUUUUGGUUUCAACACAAGUUUUUAUGUGAUCCAGAGCCUCUUUUAAAUCAAAAGCGCCAUAGAUAGUGGUGUCGUCAGCAAACAGUAAGAAAUUAGUAUCUUUAAUAGAAAGUGGCAGGUCAUUUAUAAAGAUGAGAAAUAGAGUCGGUCCUAGGACCGAUCCUUGCGGUACACCAAAUUUAAUUUCCAUUUUAUUGGAAUUAAUAUUGUGAGCAGAAACGAACUGACAUCUAUUUAUUAAGUAUGAAUUCAUCAAACUAAUACUUCUGACACAGAAUCCAUAUGAUUUUAAUUUUUGUAACAAUAUACCAUGCUCAACACAAUCAAAUGCUUUUGUUAAGUCCAAACAGCAAACAUAGGUAUUUUCCUUAUUUUCAAAACUAGACAAAAUUUUUUCACUAAGGUAGUUAAUAGCUAGGGAUGUUGAGUGAUUGCAUCUAAAACCAAAUUGGAACUGCGAGUAGAGACUAUUAUUCUCAAAAUACGAGUUGAUUUGCUUUUUUAAAAUAAACUCAAAAACCUUUGCUAAGAUAGGCACUAGAGAAAUAGGUCUAUAAUUACUGAUGUCAUUCGGAUCUCCUUUCUUAAAAACCGGUACAACUUUGGAAGUUUUUAGAACUGCUGGAAAUAUACUUUCUCUAAUACACCUAUUAAUGAUUUUAGUCAAAGGAAUAACUAUAAGAUUUACUAACGAUUUUAGAAUUUUUGAACUAAUAUUGUAGGCAUCACAACUAUUAGAUUUCUUCAAAUGAUUAAUGGCAUCCCUAACUUCAUUAUAAGUAACUUCAUAGAAAGAAAAUCGAGAGUUAGUUUCAAACGAUGUUAAAAUAUUUGAUGUUUUGGGUAACGCGUUAAUUGUAUUGGCAGCAAUGUUAGUGAAAUAGUUAUUGAUAGUGUCAGGCGACAGAUUCGUAGGCAAUUUAACAGAAUUUUUUCUCUUUGUGUUGACAAUAUCCCACAAUGCUUUUUGUUUGUUAGGGACGUUGUUGAUCAUGUUAUCAUGAAAUUUAACUAUAGCUUUUGCAAUUUCACUGCGAUAGAAUUUUCUGAAAUCAGUGUAAACCUCUUUAUCAAUAAUCUGUUUGUUUUGAAGUUGAAAAAGCAGAGUUUGCAUGUUACGUAAAGAUCGCAAAUUGUCAUUAAACCAAUUUUUUGAUGCUCGAGUGGAUAAAAUUUUUUCAGGAAAACAAAUAGAUACAUAAUGUACUAGAAUACUGUUAAAUUGAGUAAAUAAGUCUUCAACAUCAUUGUUAGUAUUGUUGAUAAAAUCCCAGUUGAUAUUUUCAAUAAAGUUAUAUAGGUGGAAUAAUCCUAAAGCAGUUAUAGGUCUAUAUUUGGUAUUAGAACUUUCAUUUGCCACUAGAGACAAAGUAGGAACAAAGACACUCAUACAUACACCACAAUGAUCAGAUAAUCCUGGAUCAUGAGUUGUUACUUGAUAAUCAUUGAUUUGAAAGUUAGUGAAAAUGUUAUCUAGGCAGGAAUUUCCUCGAGUUGGAGUAAAAACAGUUGAGUAUAAACCAUAUGAAAGAAAAGUAUUAACCAAAGCAACAGCAAGCUUAUCCGAAGUGCCAAAUUUCACAUUGAAAUCGCCUGUUACAAUAAUUUUAUUAUUGGUUUUGGUUAAAGACGAAAGCAUUAAAUUUAAUUUUUUCAGAAAAACAUCAAAAUUCCCCGAAGGUGAACGAUACAAUGUAACUACAUUUAAGUUGUCAUUUAAUAAACAUCCAGAAACUUCAAAAUCAAACUCAAUACUAUCAAAACUCAAAGAUUUGCAAUGAGUCAUGGAAUUAUGAACAAAAAUACUUACUCCACCAUGAUAGCGCAAAGUUCUGCAAAAGCUAGAAACUGUACAAUAAUUUCCUAAUUUAAGAACCUCGAUUUCAUUAGCCGUCAUCCAAUGCUCAUUGAUACAUAGUACUUCAAAAGGGCCAUCGGACAGCAAAAAGGCUUCUAGAUCUAAAAUUUUGUUUUUUAAGCUUUGAAUAUUAAGGUGAUAUAAAUUUAACACAGUUACGCCACUACACUCUGGUUUGGUGGAUUGUUGUUUUGGGGGCGCCUGAAGAAAAAACGAUUUAUAGUAACUCCACAGGGCCAGAUGGAAGAAUUCAUGACUUGCUCAAGUUCUCCUAGUGGCACAGAUAGCUUGAAUGACGAGUAUAGGGUUGGAUUUUUCGAUUGUAGUCUUUCGCAGUUUGCUUUGGACACAUGGGGCUUGAUAUAGUCCAGGAUAUUCUCGACCUUGGUGUCCGGAUCUAAUCUAGACAAGUGAAGAUGAGCUGAUUUAGGAACGCUUUUUAAAACAGUACUGGCUGAUGAGCCAAUCAUUGGUUUUUUUCUAGAAGCUCCCGAGAUCGGUUUAGUUGCUUGUAAGCUCUGUGGGGCCACUUUGGUAGACGCGGAUGCCUUCUUUUUUUUUUUUUGGACCAGAAUGAAGCCGUCCUCUUUAUCACUCUGCGGCGUUUUUGUGUUGGUAUUAGCGGUAGAGACUCCGGAAGUUGAAGGAACUGUUACUUGUAAUGUGGGAGGAAAUGUUCUGUCCCUAUUUUUUGUCAGGUUUAUGGAAUUUGGCAAACCCUUAUCCAUCAUCGUCGCAGGACGUUGCAAGUUGAAAGGUUGCGAGUGUAUCGUCUUCUCGGGUACAUACGGCAAAGAAAAGGGUACCUUCAAAAGUCCCGACUUUCCAAAACCCUAUCCUGCCAACAUUGACUGUCUGCUCUACACCUUUAUUGGCAGUACUGACGAAAUAAUUGAGCUAAACUUUCUGGAUUUUGACGUCCGUAAAACAAAUCUCGAGUGCAUCCGCAGCGACUAUUUGAAAGUUUUUUUACACUUAGAACGAGGAGAAGUGAAUGAAUACACGCCGUGGGAAACAUUACUUUGUGGAGGUCUUGCAGACAUUCCCACUGUACUUUACUCAUCCGGUUCGGGACUUGUUCUGGAAUUUCAUUCUGGACCUCAUACAGUUAAUUCCACUGGAUUUUCAGGAACCUUCAAGUUUAUUGAUAAGAGACUGUUUAAAACAGACGGACUAAAAAUACCGAGCACCAUGUGUGAUUACCAGUUUUCAAGCUCAGACCAAACUCAAGCUUAUGGAAAAUUCUACUCGCCUAGAUAUCCUUCAACGUAUCCUAAAAAUAUACGGUGCUCCUACCGUUUUAGAGCCAGAUAUAAGGAGCGGAUACGUAUCGUGUUUGAAGAAGUUACCUUACAAAAAGGCGACUUAAGCUGUCUAAAUAGAGCCGACUUAAUACGAGUAUACGAUGGAAAAACGUCAGCCGAUCCCGCUAUUAGAGUCCUGUGUAAUGAAGGUACCGAAUUAGAAGUCUUAUCAACAGGAUCAGACCUCCUCAUAGAAUUCGUAGCAAAUUCCGAUUGGCCUGGGCAAGGGUUUAAAGCGAGCUUCCAAUUUCAACCAACGGAAGAUAACUCGAUAGAUUCCAGUCGACACAAUCGUCCCGGGAGCUUGUCUCUACCGCCAGACAUUGAACCGAACGUUAGCGAAACUAGAUCCAGUUGUGAUGUAGUGAUAAAUAGCGAUACGAAUAAAAACGGCACGAUAGUAAGUCCUUCAUAUCCUGCGCCCUAUCCAUCACGGACGACGUGCAGAUACGAGUUUCAAGGACGAGGAAAAGAAAGGGUCCAAAUCGUCUUCCAAGAUUUCAAUUUGUACCGCUCCACGGACGACUCAACCGAGUGCGACAGCCAGGACUCCCUCAUGGCCUUCGUCCACAUAGACGGUAGAAUGGAAAAAAUCGACAGCUUUUGUGGCAGCACAUUGCCGAAACCUGUCAUGUCCAAUGGUCCUAGACUUAAGCUAGAAUUUCAGAGUUUUUUCGCGUCGCGAUACUCGAGAGGCUUUAAAGCGACGUACAGUUUUACAGAAAAUUUUGGUAUUAAAACCGGCACUCAAUUGUCGGAUUACCCAUGUGCCUUCGUAUUUAAUAGUAAUGAAUCUAAAAAUGGAUUUUUCUACAGUCCUAAUUAUCCCGGUUUGUACCCUAGAGAUACAGAGUGUCACUACUUUUUUCACGGCAAUAUCAAGGAAAAAGUUCAUUUGCAUUUCAACUAUUUCGACGUUGAGGGAGUGCUACCAUGCGAGGCUAUCUCAGCAAGUGAUUACGUCGAGUUCUCCAACUUCAUGACUCGUGAUCGCAAAUAUUCUCGACACUGCGGCCAACUAAAAGAAUUCAAUAUUGAAUCCGAUCGAAAAUUCUUUCGAGUUACGUUUCGAUCCAACGAUCGUCUAGACGGCACUGGUUUUAAUGCCACUUACCAGUUUCUGGACGAAGUAGAGACUUAUACUGCCAAGACCGACAAAACCAACAGCAGCUGCGCUAUUGGUAAACCAGAGGAAGUGUUUAUUAUCAUUUUUGUAUCAGUGUUAAUCAAUAUAUCAACAUAAGCAAAAAUAAACAAUAAACAUUUCGAAAGCAAUACGAUUUUAGGACGAAUUUACAAAUGUGAAAUACUCUUCUAAAACAUUUGUACAUUUAAGAAGGCUGUAUUACCUGAUAUUUUAAUUUUUUUAAUUUAUUACUACACUUCUUUCAACGUAAAAAUUUAACUCAUCGUCAGUUCAAUGAAGCUGUUGAUAAUCGUUAUAGUUUUACUCACAUAUCUGUAAAGCUCGUUUAUUUAUGAAAUAAAUGAGCUAAUUGUUAUGGUAGUAGUUCAAUGUCUACUAUCACUUGAGUCUUUUGAUUUGUAAAAUGUACAAUACUUUGUGUUAUUGGAAAUAAACUGUCUCACCGAUUCACUGUGCUAAGUUUACGAGAAAAUGUUAAAUUGUAGACUGUGAAGACAAGGACCCUUUGUAUAUAAAAAUAGUGCACAAUAAAUAUGAUUUGUUAUA